AAAAGAAAGAAAAUACUCCGUAAAAUAAAAGAGAUUCUCUUCGAAGCUCUCUCUUAUCUCUGACAGUGUCUCCACCACCAUCUCCGAUUGUCUGAAAGCAACAGAGACAAAAUUCCUCAGUGCAAUAUCGGCGGCGAAAUCCCUCCUAUUUAAGCUCGCCGGUGAAAUCUAACCUGUUGAAGCUCGCUUAGAACUCCACCCCCAAUUUCUGACAGGUCACCGGGAUAAUUUAUUUGUUGCCACAGAUCCAUCCGACCAUCCCGCAUAUAUACGCAAUUCAUCUCGAAACAUACUGGAAACUAAUCUAAUAUACGCCAUAUGUGUACGCGGGAACGCACAGUGAAGACAGUGGAUUGAAGUGUAGACACAUGCAUUCACACACAGAGUUGUGUGAGUGCGUGUUUUAGGUAAAGAUGUCAGUGUACGAUGCGGCGUUUGUGAACAGUGAGCUCUCGAAGCCGACAUCGAUUUUCGGGCUGAAGCUAUGGGUAGUGAUUGGGAUCUUCGUGGGAACCGUUAUUGUUCUCAUUCUGUUCCUCCUCUCCCUCUGCAUCACGGCUGCGCGCCGCCGCACAUCCAAGGCUAAGCUCCUUUACCAGCAACGUAGCGCCGCCACUGUAGAUCGCACCCCUCCCGUUUCCAAGGAAAUCAAAGAGAUCGUUGGCCCUGACGUUGCCCUUGAUCACCGCCCCCUCGUUCAGGCAUUGCCAGAAAUUCAGAUUGACAUGGGAAAAGUAGAGCACCGAAUUGUGUUCUCUGAGAAGUUACCAGGGGCGUCAAGUGGGGAGAGCAGAGCCACUAGUGGGGCAGAAUCAGGAUCGAUAGGAGGCAGUGGAUCAUUGCCAGAAGUGUCCCAUUUGGGGUGGGGAAGGUGGUAUACACUUAGAGAGCUUGAGGCCGCCACCAAUGGAUUAUCAGAUGAGAACGUCAUUGGUGAAGGCGGGUAUGGGAUUGUCUAUCGAGGCGUUUUGUCUGACGGCACUAGAGUGGCGGUGAAGAAUCUAUUGAAUAACAAAGGUCAAGCUGAGAGAGAAUUUAAGGUAGAGGUGGAAGCUAUUGGGCGUGUAAGGCACAAAAAUCUUGUCAGGCUUCUUGGCUACUGUGUUGAAGGAGCUUAUAGGAUGCUGGUGUAUGAGUAUGUAGACAAUGGCAAUCUGGACCAGUGGCUUCAUGGAGAUGUUGGAGAAGUCAGCCCCUUGACUUGGGAUAUUCGUAUGAAUAUUAUAUUGGGAUGUGCAAAAGGUCUCGCUUAUCUACAUGAGGGACUUGAACCAAAAGUUGUGCAUAGGGAUGUUAAAUCCAGCAAUAUACUGCUCGAUCGGCAAUGGCAUACAAAGUUGUCGGACUUUGGGCUUGCUAAGCUAUUAAAUGCUGAGAGUUCUUAUGUGACAACUCGUGUGAUGGGAACGUUCGGAUAUGUUGCCCCAGAAUAUGCUUGCACUGGUAUGCUGAAUGAAAAAAGUGACAUUUAUAGCUUUGGCAUACUUAUCAUGGAGAUAAUUACUGGGAGAACCCCUGUUGAUCAUGGCCGUCCACAAGGAGAGGUUCACUUGGUGGAUUGGUUGAAGGCUAUGGUUGGCAAUAGAAAAUCAGAGGAAGUGGUGGACCCAAAACUGCCCGAAGUUCCUUCUUCUAAGGCACUUAAACGUGUUCUUUUGGUUGCUCUUCGUUGUGUUGAUCCCGAUGCUCAGAAGAGGCCCAAGAUGGGACAUAUUAUCCAUUCGCUUGAGGCUGAUGAUAUAUUGUUUCGUGAUGAUCGAAGAGUUGGAAGAGAAUCAUCAAAUUCCCACCGUGAUCACAAGGAACACAAUAACAUUGGUCCAAAAAUAGGCUCAAAACAUGGAGAUAUGGCUUCUGAUACCAGCGAAGGAGAUAGUAGUAGGAGGAGCCAUAACCAACCAUCCAGAAGGAGAUAACAUUAAAAUAUUGUCAUGCACAAUCCAAAACAAACAUUUGCCAAUUUGUUUAUUUAUGCCUGUUUAGUCCUUUUUGCCUUCUACCACAUGUUCACAUUGUUUGUUUUACUUUUAGGCUAUAUAUAUUUAUAUUUAUUUGUUGUUCACAACAGCUGUAUAUCUUCUCAUAAUAUUAUCACUCCUUAAUGUGUUAUUCUUAUAUACGCUGACAUCAUAUAACACUGAUUUAUUAUGGGUUUUCUUGGUA